AUGUCAGACACCGCCGCCUCAACACGGCAUGAGCCUGCCGACAACCUGGCCAAGGGCGUCAUCGCCACGGCCAGACAGUCGUGGAAAGAUCUUUUUGUCUGGAAGCAGCGGGUCGUCCUCACCAACGCCUACGGUGAGACUAGAUGCGAGUGGCACGAGCCGGACCGCAUCCAGAACCCCAUCUCCCUCUUCGCCCAGCUCUCCGCCAGGGACUGGAUCUUCUUCAUCGUCGGCUGGCUCGCGUGGACUGCCGACGCCUUUGACUUUCACGCCCUCUCCAUCCAGACAGUUAAGCUGUCUAAAUACUACGGCCGCUCCAAAACUGACAUCACGACGGCCAUCACUCUGACGCUGCUGCUUCGCUCCGCUGGCGCUGCCAUCUUUGGCCUGGCCGGCGAUAAAUGGGGUCGUAAAUGGCCCAUGGUCUUCAACAUGCUGGUGCUGGGAUGUCUUCAGAUUGCCACAAUCUACUGCAAGACGUUUACUGAGUUUCUGGCGGUGCGAAGCUUGUUUGGCCUGUUCAUGGGGGGCGUCUACGGCAACGCCAUCGCCAUGGCUCUGGAGCAAUGCCCAUCCAACGCGCGUGGCUUGAUGUCCGGCAUCCUCCAGCAAGGCUACUCGAUGGGCUACGUCUUGGCUGCGUGCGCCAACCUUGGCGUUGGGGGCGCCGUCGAUUCUUGGAAAACGGUCUUCUGGAUUGGAGCGGGAUUAUCCAUUGGCGUCGGCCUGCUCCGCAUCCCCUUUCCAGAAUCGCAACAGUUUCUGGACGCCAAAAAGGCCGGCAAGAAGGCCUCUUCUCCGGGGGCUUUUUGGCGCGAGACGCGGACGAUGCUCGCCCAGGAGUGGAAGAUGUGCGUCUACUGCGUCAUCCUCAUGACGUGGUUCAACUACUACUCGCACACCUCGCAGGACUCCUACACCACCUUCAUGCUGGAGCAGAAGAAGCUGGACAACGCUGGGGCGUCCCGCGCCUCCAUCGUGAUGAAGGUUGGCGCCGUCGUGGGUGGCACCAUCAUCGGCUAUCUCAGCCAGUUUCUGGGCCGACGCCGCACAAUGAUGGGGGCUGCUCUCAUGUCCGCCAUCUUGAUCCCCGCCUGGAUUCUCCCCGAGGGAGAGCCAGCGCUGAGCGCCACCGGCUUUUUCAUGCAGUUUUUCGUUCAGGGUGCUUGGGGUGUGAUUCCCAUUCAUCUCAACGAGCUGUCUCCUGCUGCUUUCCGGUCGUCCUUUCCCGGUGUUACUUACCAGGUGGGCAACAUGAUCUCGUCUCCCUCGGCUCAGAUCGUCAACGCAAUCUCUGAGAAGACUUUUAUCACCAUCAGAGGCGGCGAGAAGGCCGAGGCGUACGGCCCCGUCAUGGGAAUUGCCACGGCCAUCAUAGCCACAGGCAUCUUUUUGACUGUCAUGGUUGGACCUGAGCGCCGUGGCCGUAACUUUGAUGGCGUUGUCGCUGGUGUCGAGAGGAGCGGCUCGGAUGAAGAAACUGGUGAUAAGCCGACGGAUGAGGAGAAAGGCGAAGUCACAAACGUAGAAGAGGCUGAAAAGAGAAGCCAGACACCAACACAGAGGGAGGUAUAG